GAUCCUUCAGUCUCCAGACACUGUCAGACCUGCUCAUAAGUCACAGCGUCCGCGCUCCUUCCGCUGGUCAGAAUGUUCUGGAACUCGAACCCACAAUGCACCGCGUAGCGACGGCCGCUAGGAAUUGUGGGAAGCUGUGACAACGGACUGGAGAGUGUAGUGUUGUAAUGGCAGCAGCACUAAAUGAAAGCCACCGACGAUUCCUGCAGACUAUGAUGUCUCAAGGAAUUCUAGAAGGUUCGAUGGUGAGAAAAUUACACAAACACUGCUGUGAAACACACAAAGUGCAUUACAAACAUGACCAGUUGGAUGAGUUUAUCAAAAAUAUCAACACCCAUCUACAGCCUCUCUUCAUGGAGAUCAGGAAGGGGAUGAGUGAGGAUGAUGGACAACAGUAUUAUACUCUGAUUAACCUUGCAGAGACAGAGAUCACCAGGAUGGCAUUUGAUUACACAGAAACUGAGUUGGAACUGUUCAAGAAAACUAUGGACUUAGUUUUGGAGUCAGAAAAUGGCAUGGUCUCUUCUACAGACAUUCUAAAUCUGGCUGAUCAACUACAACCCAAAAAAAUGAAGAAGAAAGAAGUGGAACAAGUGCUGCAACGAUUUGUGCAGGAAAAGUGGCUUUGUGAGAAUGAUGGUGAGUACAUUCUGAGCACUCGCUGCAUUAUGGAACUGGAACAAUACAUUCGCAAUAUGUAUCAGGACCUAGUGAAGGAGUGCAACAUCUGUCACAACAUUACUAUUCAGGUAUUGUUGUCUCCCCUACUCAUGUUCCAGCAGAAAUGGUGAUUGUGGGUGGAGAAGUGUUCCAUGCUGAUGCUUUGUCCUUGCUCUUGAGGUAGAGGGGGUGAAUCAGAAUUUUCGUUCUGCUAGAGUCUGUUCCCCGUUUGUACCAAUUUAAUUUAGGAUAGUUUUUGGAGAGGGUAGUUGUACAACAGUAACCAAAAGAGCAGCAGUUCUCAAACAUCCAAUUGUUACCUGAACUGCUGCUCUGCGGCAGUAGGGGCAACUCCAGAGAAAAGGUUGGUGGGAUAACCUUGGACUUUUUGGAUUGAUGCUGCUAAACAGCAGCUGGUGGUCCAAUAUCCUGUCAGUCAUCAACCAUUUAUAGCAGUGAAUGCUGUGUACACCCAGGAUAUCUGU